AUGACAUAUUCCAACAAUUAUGAAAAAGUUAUAUCCCUUGAAGAUGAUGAAGCACUGAAAAAUAUGGAUAUUGACAAUGAGACUCCAUAUAUUAGUCGAAGUGAAAAAGAUAUCAACGCUCUGAUGAACACAGUGGUUUGCAAUGAAGGUGAGGCAUAUAAGCUAUAUAAUGAUUAUGCUAUUGGAGUUGGUUUUAGUAUUAGGAGAGGAACCACUAGAUAUCAUGUUGGCACAAGGGAUAUUUCACAAAAGGAGUAUUAUUGUUCAAGUGAAGGUUUUAGUAAAGAAGUUAAACUUUGUGAAACAAGAUACCGUAAUAGAUUUGAAACAAGAACUGGUUGUCAAGCUAUGGUCCGUUUUACAAUUGUAGAUGGCAUGUGGAAGGUCACAAAGUUUAUAUCAGACCAUAACCAUGAACUUGCAUCACCAAGUGAAAUUCAUCUCUUGAGGUCUAAUAGGGAGUUAACUGCUUCCAAAGCCAAUGUCAUAAACUCAAUGAUCAAUGCAGGCAUAAGUACCAAGCAUGCUUAUGCUUAUUUGUCUAAAGAAGUUGGGGGAAGUGAGUGUGUUGGUUUCACCAAAAGAGAUUGCUAUAACUAUGUUAAUAAGCAAAAGAUGGUUUUGAUUGAAGCAGGUGAUUCUCAAAGUUUAAUAAAUCAUUUCAAACAUAGAAUGAGUGGUGAUGCAAUGUAUGUGUACACAGUUCAAGUUGAUCAGGAGAAUAGAAUGACAAAUUUUUUUUGGCGAGAUGGGAGAUCAAGAAUUGAUUAUGAUUGUUUUGGUGAUGUGGUUGUUUUUGACACCACUUAUCGCACAAAUAGAUAUAAUUUAAUUUGUGCGCCAUUUGUUGGGGUUAAUCACCAUUGGCAAAAUUGCAUGUUUGGUUGUGCAUUCUUGCUAGAUGAAACUACAGAUUCCUUUAUAUGGCUAUUUACCUCAUUCUUAGAAUCAAUGGGAGGGAAAGCACCAAAAACAAUCAUCACUGAUCAAGAUCAAGCAAUAUCCAAUGCCAUUGCUAAAGUGUUUCCUAAUACUAGACAUCAGUUAUGUUUAUGGCAUAUUUCAAAGAAUGCUCCUUCUCAUUUGGGUAGUUACAAUUCAAAUCCUGAAUUUCGUAGGCUUUUCUAUAAAUGUUUACAAGGUUGUGAAACAGAGGCUGAAUUCCAAGCAACAUGGGAUAGAAUGAUGGAUGAAUUUAGUGGUCUUAAAAACCAUAAAUGGUUAAAUAAUUUAUAUAAAAUUCGUGAAAAGUGGUGUAUGGCUCUGAAUAAUGAUGUAUUUUCAGGUGGAUUUAAAUCAUCUCAAAGAAGUGAAAGCACAAAUAAUGUAUUGAAUGGUAUUGCAAACAAAUCAAUUUCACUUACAAAAUUUGUGCUUUCAUUUGAGGAUGUAGUGGCAAGGUGGCAUUCUGAAGAAGCAAGUGAAGAUUAUAAUUGUAAAAAAGGUUUGACUUCUCUUGCCAUUAGGAAUAGUGGCAUUUUGAAUCAUGCAGCAAAGGUUUAUACUAAUAAAAUUUUCAAGUUAUUUCAGAAUGAGUUGCUUAAUGGGAUUGCAACAAAUUGGUCAGAAAUUGCUUGUCAUGAUAAUGUUUACUCUUUUGAAGUAGUGGGAGAGUGGGGAAACUCAAGGACAAGAACUGUGCAUUUUAAUGCUUCUACUAUGGAUAUUAGUUGCACCUGUAAGAAAUUUCAGUCUAUGGGAUUAUUGUGUUCACAUGCAUUAAAAAUUUUUAUUGUCAAGAAUGUGACCAAGAUACCAGAUAAUUAUAUUUUAAGGAGAUGGACUAAAGAUGCAAAGAAAAGGAUGAUUGAAUAUGUGCAAGGAGAAUCUCAUGCAAAUGAUGAGGAGACUGCAACCAUUUUUCGUAAUAAUUUGAUGAAGCUUUCUUAUGAUAUUAUAAUGAGAAGCCAAGGAAAUGAAGCUACUAGACAAUUUUGUCGAGAUGCACUUCGGAAAUUGGACAUUGAUAUUAACAGGGAGCUAACAAGACUUCAAUUAAGUGAAAAUGAUGCAACAACAGAGAAUCAGAUUAUUGAUUCAUUUAAUGAAGAUGAUGAGAGUGAUCCUAUUUUAGAUCCUCCACGAGUUAAGCGGAAAGGUGUUUCAAAUGCAAGAUUAAAGGGUCAUUUUGAAAAGAGAAAGACCAAAGCCAGAAAAGAAUCAAAAAAUUCAGGAAAAAUCAUGCAAUCAAAUGUUAAAGAGUCUUCACAAAUUGGCAGUGAGAGAUCUUCACAGUAUGCCUGCAGCAUUCUAGUUGGUGGAAGAGAAGUUUUUCCCAAGCAUCAUAUUACUUUCUUUAGUGUAGGAUGUUAG